UUUUACCCUUUAAUGAAUGUCAUUUUUGUGGCUUUCUCCUUCUAUUGUCAUUUUUGAGACAUAAACUUCAAAAUGUGUUAUUAUUGACAAUUGCCCUACAAAAAAUGGAAAACAGAAAUAAAGAAAAUGAAUUAAUCAAAAAUAAGUUUAGCUAACUCUUUAUCUUUUCCGCUUAAUGUACCUUUUAAUAGGACGUGUAUAUCAUAAAUUCAUCAUAAUAUUAAGGAAAAGGUCGACAGCAACCAAGCGUGAAAAAAUUAGGGUUUUGAGAGUCUUCUUCACGUAAGAUGAAGAAACAAUCGACAUUAGGUUCUUCUUUACCCAGCGAUCUAACCUCAGAGAUUCUCUUUCGGUUGCCUGCCAAAUCCGUUGGGAGGUUUCGUUGCGUGUCAAAGCUUUGGUUAUCAACCACCACUGAUCCAUGCUUCAUCAAGUCGUUUGGAACUACACGGCCAAGUCUUCUACUCUGUUCAAUAAAAGGUCACAAUGUGUUUGUGAAUUCGAUCAGGUCUGACUCUUCUUCUCAGCCUAUUCAUCCUUAUCCUACAAAAGUUCCUGGAAAACAUUGUUAUUUCUCCCAUAUGGAUUCUGUGCACGGCUUGAUCUGCAUUGAAGAUGUAGACACCCGGAAACCCCUAGUUUGGAACCCUACCAUGGGACGAUUGUUAGUUUUACCCAAACCUAAAAUGAGCUCCAAACACAUGAAGGUGUUUUUAGGAUACGAUUCAGUCCAAGGUAAACACAAAGUAGUUUGCCUUCCCAAAAAAAAAACAUGCUACGUCUGCCGAGUUUUUACCUGGCAAGAAUCAUGGAGGACCGUCGAAACUAACUUUGAGCAUAGUGUUCAAGAUUUUGCUUCUGGUCGAUGCAUCAAGGGGGUGAUAUAUUAUCUAGCAUGUAAUCGUCCAGGGUAUGAUACGGUUGUAAUGAGCUUUGAUGUGAGAUCUGAAAUAUUCCAUAUGAUAAAACUACCCACACGCAUUCGUUGGGAUAUGCUGAUAUCUUGGGAUUUGCUGAUAUCUUACGAGGGGAGAUUAGCUUGUAUUGAUGAAGAUAAUGAUAAAAGAUUGUGGAGUUUGGAGGAUGCAACAGAUAAACACAAGUGGUCGUUUCAAGACUUUCUCUCACCUUUAAAUAAGCUUUUCGAAGUACAAGGUUCCACUCAUGCUGGUUGUUUCAAGGCUUUCCCGAAUCACAUUGAAAGUCUUAUGCCUUUGUAA